AUGGAGUAUGUACAUAGGUUGGUUGUGCAUGGUCCCUCUAGUCCUCUGGUUGCUCCUCUGGGAUCUUCAGUGGUUUUGCCCUGUUAUGUCAAUGAACUCUUACUAAUGGAAGGUCUGGAAGUGGAAUGGAGAAGAACAGACUCAAACACUCUGGUUCAUCUGUAUCAAGAUGGUCAAAGUCGACCAGAGUCCCAGCAGCAAGAUUAUCAUGAUAGAGCUCAUUUCUUUACUGAUCAGAUUCAACAUGGAAACUUUUCUCUCCGUCUGGACAAUCUGAGAGCUGAAGAUGAGGGACGAUACACAUGUAGAGUUCACAGUCAGCGGGAUUCUGGUGAGACUGUGGUUGAAAUAAAAGAUGCUGAGCGUUGGCUAGUAUCAGGAUCGAGUCGCUCCAUAUCUGCGUCUGUGGGUGAGGACAUUACUCUGAACUGCUCUGUAGACUCACACAUCAUGCUUGACGAGGUUUCAUGGAAGAAAACAGAUGAAGGUGACGUUAUUCUGGUUCUGCUCUACCAAAACAAUAAGACUCUAUCAGAUUCAUCAGAUGAGAGAUACAGAGACAGAGUUGAGUUCUUCACUGCUGAAAUCCCCAAAGGAAACUUUUCUCUCAGACUGAAGAGUGUCAGAACUGAGGAUAAAGGAGUUUACAUGUGUCAAGUGUUUGCUGGAGGACUUUCAGACAGUGUAACAGUAGUACUGAAGAGACUCGGUUUUUCUGUUUUACACACAAUGGUGUUGACUCUUUGUAUCUCUGCAUCAGGAUCUGCACUUCUGCUGUGCUAUAUGAUCUACUGCAGAUCACAUAAUAAAG